CCUCCGAGACGCUCGACAGGCCUUGGGACGACCGAGCCUCAUGGCAUGAAUUCAAAUGCGUUCGACUUCCCUUUGCAGUUCAAGCCUUGUCAGAAGGCGUAGAUCCACCAUCCAUUCAACUUCUCAUUUUACAAGGAUGCAACAGUUUGCCAGCACUUUACCCAUCAGUAAACCCCUCCCCUACCAGAUCCGAUCUUGAGACAAACCAUCUAGUCCGGACAUUGGAAAGCCAAAGACCAAGACAUCAUUGUUGGGAAAGAUGGCAGUACUGGCUCCCCACCCUUUGGAUCCUCUCACACCUCAGGAGAUCUCUCAAACCGCGAAGCAUGUCCGAUCCGCUUUCCCAGAUGGCGAAGCAUAUUUCCGGGUCAUCACGCUCGCAGAACCGGCCAAGGCCGAAAUGACGACUUUCUUGGAGCAUGAGCACACCAAGGGCGCCGUAACAUCAGAGCCGUCAACAAAGCCAGCUCGUCUCGCCACGGUGCAGGUGUUCCUGGGCCAACCGCGGGACAGCGCGCACUUUUACGAGCUCAAGGUCAACGUGGACACCGGCGAGGUCGUGGACAAGGAACAGCUCCUCGGUCGGCAUCCACACGUCGAUGCCAACGACAUGCAAAAGACUGAGGCCGCGUGCCUUGGUGAUAGCCGCGUGCAGGCCGCAAUCAAGGAGAUGCAACUUCCCGAAGGGGCCGUGGUCAAGAUCGAGCCGUGGACGUACGCGACGGAUGGGAUGAACGACAUGAGUCUGAAGAUCACUAUGGUAUGUCCCUCGCGCGAGCGCUCCCCUUCCUUGACUUUGUUGGAUGGUACGGGGGGAUGUAAAAGGGGGGGACGCUGAUGUGGAAAACGUGCCAAUUCCCAGUGCUAUUUCUACAUGAAACUGGUCAGUCACCCGGAUGCAAACCAUUAUGCGUACCCGCUGGAUCUGUGUGUGGAAAUGUCUGGGGACGCGCGGGUCUUGAAGAUCUAUCACCUCCCCAACGGCACGUCCAACGAGAUCAGCAUGACCGCCAAACCGUACGAUCGCAGGAAGAUCUUCGACUCGAGCAUCGAGUAUCACCCGGACUUGGUGCCCGAGCAUCGAACAUCCACCAAGCCAUUCCACGUCUUGCAGCCGGAAGGCCCAUCGUUUACUACCGAAGGCAACCUCGUACGCUGGGAAAAGUGGCAUUUGCGCGUCGGCUUCAACUACCGGGAAGGACUCACCCUGCACGACGUCCGGUAUGACGGUCACUCGUUGUUCUACCGCCUCUCGCUGUCAGAGAUGUUUGUGCCCUACGGGGAUCCGCGGAUGCCGUAUGCCCGCAAAGCGGCCUUUGAUCUGGGCAACGACGGCGCAGGCUGCAAUGCCAACAAUCUGCAGCUGGGGUGCGACUGUCUGGGCCACAUCAAAUACUUCGACGGCUGGCACGCGACCAGUGCCGGAGAUCCGAUCAAGCUCCCCAACGCCGUGUGCUGUCACGAGAUCGACGAUGGGAUUCUGUGGAAACACACCAACUUCCGCACGGGCAAUGCCGUGGUCACUCGCUCGAGAGUCUUGGUGCUGCAGACCAUCAUCACCGUGAGUAACUACGAGUACAUCUUUGCGUUCUACUUCGGGCAGGACGCGUCCUUGCACUAUGAAGUGCGGGCGACGGGGAUUGUGUCCACCGUCCCGACCAACGUCGGGGACAAAGUGCCAUUUGGCACCACAGUUGCGCCAGGCGUGAUGGCGCCAUAUCAUCAGCACCUGUUCUGUCUGAGGAUUGAUCCGGCGGUCGGGGGGUGGAAGAAUUCUCUCGUGGUCGAGGAGUCGCAUGCGAUGCCACUCGAGAGCCAGGAUCCCACGAUCCACAACCCGUUCGGCGUCGGAUACACAACCAGAGCCGAGACAGUGAGGAAAGAAUGUGGCUUGGAUCUUGACCACACGGUCAACCGAGUCUUCAAGAUCGUCAACGAGGGCGUCACGAACCCCAUCACUGAAGGCCCCGUCGGGUACAAACUCGUCCCGUGCUACAGCCAGCUCGUCCUUGCACACCCAUCCUCCUACCACGCAAAGAGAUCCGAGUUCGGCGCGCAUGCCGUCUGGGUGACGAGAUAUCAUGACGGGGAGCUGUUCGCAGCGGGCGACCACACGAUGCAGUCGCUCGGGGGAGAAGGCAUUGCCAGCUGGAUCGAGAAGCGUCGGCAGCAGGAGGUUUCGGCGGCGGACAAUGCUGCCACUGACGUCAAAGAUCAAGACAUUGUCGUUUGGCACACCUUUGGAUCAACGCACAAUCCGCGGGUGGAGGAUUGGCCGGUAAUGCCAUGUGAGAAGAUGGUUGUUGGCCUGAAGCCGGUGAAUUUCUUCACCCGGAAUCCCGCCAUGGAUGUUGCACCGUCGACGCAGGAGAGAAAUCGGAGUGUGUUGGUGGAUGGUGCGACGACUGAGGUGGUGAUGAACGGACAUUGUCCAUAGCAUUCAGUCACACAUGCAUUUGCUUGAUAGAGAACAGGGCCAAAGUGGUCUUUGACAUACAAGUAGGUAGAUGGACCAUUCUGCCCGUGCGGCGUAGAUGUCUUGGCUUUCGGCUGACCUUCUUGCCCUGUCUGUCC